AUCCACGAACCGAAUGUAGGGUUGCUUCGGUGGAUAUUAACCGAAGGAAUGGUUGAUUCGGUUGAUAUUAACCGAAGUUAUCUUACAUAUGAACAAUUUCAGUAAGUUCGUUUUAUUUUGAAAAACAAACCACAAAACUCCUCUCUUCCUUUCUUCUACACAUUUGCGGCCAACUUCAACAUCCAACUUCAAAUCACAUUUCAUCAAGUAAGUUUCUUUCCUUUAUUUGUCAUUCUAUGCAUUCCUCAUCACCAUGACAUUUCAAAUUCAUUUUUUGUUCUUCCGUAUAAAAAUUCCAAAAUUUCAAUAUCUGAUUAUUGAGUUAAAUUGUUGAUUAUGUUGUUUGAAUCGUUGAUUAUUGGUUAGUUGUUAGAUUGGUUACAUACUAGCAUGAAUGAAUGUUGCUAAUUGAGUUAAAUGUGAAUAUGAAGCUAAUUGAGUUAUAGUGUACUCUAAGUGUUUGUCAAAAUGUACGAGUGAAUAUGAAUGCAUGUUUCCAUUUGAAUUAUGUUUCCAUUGUUGCAAGAAUCAUGUGUUCGAUUGAAUUAUAAGUAUUGUAUUGACUGUGAAUUUAUUUAUCUAUGUAUAGAUAUGGAAGAAAAUCUACCUAGGGGUAGGCAUGGAAAGGCAAUCAAUGCACAUGCUUCCGCUCGUAGAGAGCUUGCUGCAAAUCAUCCGUCCAAACGAGGUCGUCGCAAAGGACCAACUCCGGGGCAAGGUACACAUGAUGCCGAGGCGGGUGGGUCGCAUACACGUGGACGGACACGUCUAGGACAAUCAUUGGUGGUGCAAGAUGAAUUUGAUGCCGACCAAUUUUUAAAUGCGUGUUUUGAUUAUGAUGAUCUUGGAUCACCACAAGUCUCACCACAAGUCUCACCGCAACACUCACCGCAAGAUGAACCGCAAGACCCACCGCAACAACCACCUCGACAACAACGGCGCAAACCAGUACGCCGAAAACCACCAAAGUGUUCACGUAAUGAUGAUGAAGUAGGUUUUGGAGGAGGACCGACGGAUUUGUCCUUGUUAACGGAGUACGAUAAGCAUAUGGCUAUUCCGAUAUGGUAUGCAGACCCAAAUGACAAAGAGGAAUCAUGACGGACGACAAAGUUGGCCGAACAAGACGUGGCGGUGCAAGCAAAGCACAUAGCUCUGCACGUAGACAGGCUGCGGUCAAUGUAGAUAAAAUUCCAAGUCGAGCUAAAGGGAAAGCAGUUUCAACCACGAUGGAUGAGCCUCGACCGGAGGAUGCAGAAUCGCAAGAGGAGAAUGAAGACGUGGAAGAAAAUAUUUCUGAAGAAGGGGAAGAGGAAGGGGAGGAAGGGGAGGAAGGAGUGGAUGAGGAAGCGGAGGAAGCGGAUGAGGAAGCGGAUGAAGAGGGGGAUGAUGAUGGGGAAGAAGAAGUUGAUGAGGAAGCGGAAGAGGAAAUGGAGGAGGAAGAGGAGGCUGAACAACCACCACCAGAACCUAAAAAACCACGGAAAAAGGUUACGCGAGUAACACAAGGAAGGAACCCACCACGAGUAAAACCACCACCAGUUACAUGUUAUGAUGGUGGUCCGUCUGACUUGUCUUUGUUGCCGGGAUUUGGAAAACAUGUUGCUGUACCGUUGUGGAAAGGAGAGCUCCAAUCCCGGUAUUUGAGGGUAAUGAACAACGGGAAAAAAAUCAACAAUUUCAAGAUAUGUCCGAAAGAGUACUCGUGGUUUUGGAAUGUCGUUAAUGCGUCCGGACUCGAAACUCUGCGGCGGACAAAUUACAAUCACACCGAUUGGGGUCUGUUGACGGCAUUUGCAGAGCGAUGGCAUCCUGAGACCGGAACUUUCCAUCUUCCUAUUGGUGAGAUGACUAUAACCUUGGACGACGUGUCCUCAUUGCUUCAUAUUCCGAUUACCGGAAAAAUGCUCGACCACAACGGAACGUCAUGUACAAAGGAAGAUGGUGAAGAGAUGUGCGUAGAGUAUCUGAACUUCCCUAUUAGUAAGUGCAAGAAAGAGUUUCAAAAAAUGAAAGGAGCACAUAUAGGGUUUAAGGCGUUGAAGGAUUUGUAUCUCGAUAAUUUGAAGGAUGCCUUGAAAGCUGAAAGGUUAAAGAAGCCUGCUGAAGAUGUGGAAUUCCUCAGGGAAUGCACCAUUAGAUGCUAUUUGCUCUACUUGAUCGGUGCAACCAUUUUCACCAACAAAAGUAUGCAGUACGUGGACGUCAUUUUUCUUACCUACUUGCGAGACCUCAGUUUAGUUAACACGUGGAAUUGGGGUGCUUCUGGGCUGGCAUAUCUGUACAACUACUUGGAUGCUGCAAGCCGCCCGAGAUGUGGAAAUCAUGGUGGUUAUAACUGUCUAUUUCAGGCCUGGAUUAUGGCGCAUUUCAAAACUUUUGGUGGACGUUUUGUUGAUGAGAGAUACACCCACGACAAUCCCUAUGCGGCAAGAUUUUUGCCUUUAAAAGGACCAAAAUUUCCAGGGCAGCAUAGGUCCGCAUUGGAUACAAUGCGCAUGGAUGAAGUGGUGUUUUGCCCAUAUGAGGAGCACCGGCAAACCAGACCCUUUCAAGAUAUCAGUUGGUACACUGGUUGGAUUAUGUGUGGAAGUGCUAUUAUCAAUCCACACUUGCCAGAACGUGUCCUCCGACAAUUUGGACAUGUCCAGUCUAUCCCUAGGCACCCUGAUGUAUCUGCAAAGGCUGGUAUGAAUCGGUUUACGAUUGCUGAUGCAUUUGCUUCCUACCUGACUGCCAACUAUGUGACAGAGGAGAUGCGAGGACCAAAAGUUGUGCGUGCAUUUGAUACCGUACCCGGAUACAUUCCAUGGUUAUACCGUGUUUCUCAUCCGAAGAUAUUGCCACCGGUUGAAGCGGAUCCACCAACACAUGCUAACCUUGAGGAGGACAACGUGAGUGGUGAAUGCGACGUGUCUGAAGUGACUAAGAAGGUUCGAGCGGAUUUGAGGAAAGCGCUCGAUGGUCAACUCAAUUUGGCCGAUGCUUUGGUGGUUAUUGAAAAAGCCUACACUGAUUUGGAGCCUGUAGAUGCAUAUUUGGUGCGACGGAAGAGGAAAAGAGACUCGGGUGAAGGAACAAAGAAGAGGAAGAAGAAGAAGAAGACAACAACGGAAGAUGCCGGAACAAGCAGCUUGUAGUUUUUUAUUUUUUGUUUUCGCUAUGUUUUAUUUUUUUUUAAAUCCUGCCGUGUACAAUGGAACAACUUGUCCGUAUAAUUUCGUUUUGCUUGGGAUGUAUGAACAUGGAUUUAUAUUGAAUGCGGUUUCUAUUUAAUUUGUUUUUUUAUUGGAUUUGGAUUGGAAUGUAUGAAUUUCAUUUGAAAUACGAUUAUAUCCGAACAGGUGAUUUCGCGUGGAUAUGAUCCCACGGGUGAUACAUAGUUUAAAGUCAUUUGUUGGGAAAAGAUA